AUGAGGACUUCUGAAUAUAGCAGCUUUGCAAGCAUAGCAUGUGGAAAGAAAGCAAAUUAGGCUGAGAAAAAUGGUGGCCAGUACCACUUCACAAAAUUGCCAGUGGACACAAAUGGCAGAAUAGAUAGGACUGGACUACUUAAAGAAAAAGAAAGAAAGAAAAAAGAUAUAAGGAAUUGCAACUUAACAUUGCUAUCGCUCAAGAAAAUAGCCACGACCAUUUUAGGUGAAAAUCUUACGCUUGCCAGCACAAACAGCCAUCUUAGUCACAGGGAAUUUGGACGUUCAAGAAGUCUGCAGGGGACUUAUGAAUGCACUGGGAAAACCGUGUAGAUGGUGGUUGUCUCUACAAAUAGGAAAUUAAUUCACUUCCUUUUUUAGUUCUCUCAUCCGAUUGCUACAGUUUUAGUAAUGCACAGUAAGUUUGACAUAAAUUGAAAACUACCAGGAACAUAACUAUACAGUGAAUAGGGGGUACAAACAUUUUGCUAACAAAUAAGGAUUGGCACUACAGUGGUGCAAAAUGAGUGAUUCAAAUUCAGCUGAAUUGCAAGAGAACUGCAUGAGGCCUGAUCACGCAAGAAUGGGUUGGCCAUCUGAUGGAGGGAACUGUUUGUUGAGUAAGUAAACAUCUGUGUGACUAUGACUUUGGCUGUCUGGACCGUGCACUUGUCAAAAUACUGAUUUUUGCAGUACUUCUCUUCCCUCAGUUAAUGCCUCUCUCCAGCGACAGCCUCUCCUGGACAAGGUCUACUCUAAUAAACGCCUCUGAAUCAUCUACCGCCAGCCAAUGCUGAUAUCGCAGGGAACAGAUCGUGCACUGGCAUGUCAACGGCAAGUAUCUCACAGCAACAUGUCUAGCUAGCAGACUAGACAAGCAUACCUCUCCAAUCAUUCCUUUGGACAGCCUUUUGUGCAUCCAGUGAAAUGGCAAGUUAAUGAUAAGGCUCUCCAUAACAAGGGGGAGUGGCUGACAUCUUCUCUUGGUGAGAAGCAUGGUUUUCUUGGUUUAGGUUGUUCUGCUUUUUGUUUUUAUUAAGUUUCUUUCUUGCCUCCGCUUGCCCAUAUAGAAAGUUAGUCUCUUCCCAGUUAGGCUAAUCAGUUUUGGUCCAUUUCUCUGCAGUGUCGUGACGCUCUGUUCAUCUGGUCAAUGCUACAUACCUGAUACCAGCAAGUCAAUAGGAGUAUCUCGGGUAAGCAUUGAGGAGAAAAGCACUUGUGAUACAAUCUGUAAGGAGGUACAAAGUUUCCGUUGAGAGACAAAGCUACCUAGAACAUCUGCGCUCUGCAACUCUUGCGUAUCACUGCCUUGGCAGUGCCUCAUUGACUGAGCUACCUGGUGAGAAGCAAGCGAUUCUUCACCAUCAGAACAAAGAAGCUUCUUUGCAUCAAGUGAGACGAAAGGGGGGAAAAAGGAACUGGGGGAAAAAUGAGUUCCUCAAGUACAGAGCCCUUUAAAGGCGAAAUCUCAACUUCAUAUGACUAUUACGAUAAUUACAACGAUGCUCCAAAACCAUGCAGUAAAGAAAGCGUCAAGAGGUUUGCAGCCUCUUUUCUACCUGUUCUGUAUACCCUCGUAUUCCUGGUUGGGCUGAUGGGAAACACUCUGGUCAUUGUGGUCCUGUUCAAAUAUAAGAGACUGAAGAGCAUGACUGACGUGUACCUACUAAACCUCGCCAUCUCAGAUUUGCUCUUUGUUUUCUCCCUGCCGUUCUGGUCUUAUUUCACAGUAGACCAAUGGGUUUUUGGAACGCCCUGGUGUAAAGUCAUUUCAUGGAUCUAUCUGGUUGGGUUUUACAGCAGCAUAUUUUUUAUUAUGCUUAUGAGCAUAGAUAGAUACUUGGCAAUUGUUCGUGCAGUGUUCUCCUUGAAAGCAAGAACUGCCUUCUACGGCCUGAUUACUAGCCUUAUUGUCUGGUUAGUAGCUCUUUCAGCCUCAAUUCCUGAACUUAUAUUUAGAGAAUCUUUUAAUGAACAAAAUUAUACUACCUGCAAGCCAAGAUAUCCAGGCAAUUUCACAACAUGGAAACUCUUUUCCACUUUGGAAAUCAACAUUUUAGGGCUCCUCAUCCCUUUUAUAAUUAUGGCAUUUUGCUACUCCGUAAUCGUUAAAACAUUAGUUCACUGUAGAAAUGAGAAAAAGAAUAAGGCUGUGAGGAUGAUCUUUGCUGUCAUGAUUGUGUUUUUCAUCUUUUGGACCCCUUACAACAUUGUGAUUUUCUUACAAUUACUGGAAAUUACAGGAGUCAUUAGAGACUGUCAAGUGAGCAGAUAUCUGGACUAUGCUUUCCAGAUCACAGAAAUCCUAGGCCUUUUUCACUGUUGCCUCAAUCCAGUCAUCUAUUUCUUCAUGGGGGAAAAAUUCAAGAAAUAUUUAAAGAUGCUCUUUAAGGAUUGGCCAUUACCCGGAGAUAUUUGCAAAUGGUGUGGCGUUCACAUCACUUACCAUACUGAAUCUACCACUUCUUUCCACACACAGUCUACUGGGGACCAAGAUGCUCUGUAACGUGCUUCAAAUCGACUGCUGAACUCACCAGAAAGCAAACUGAUAAAAGCUGAAACUUUAAAAAGCUAAGCAAAUGAACAAGCAUUUUAUGAUAAGUUAGUGCCUAUAACAACUUACUUUAGCUUUGAUUUCUGCCUCUAGAUUUUCUGAGUAGAAUGACAGAAGGUGCCCUAGAUGUGAAACCUAGGAGAUGGGCAUGCAAUUUUUACCUGCUACAAUUACCAGUCACUGCUCAGAUGUAAUAGCAGCCUCAACUUGCUGCAAAGCACUGUGCUGUGCUUCUUAUUUUUCACCAGUUGGCCUGCAUGGAGGGGCAGAGGAGAGUGAGCUUUUUGUCAUCAGCAAGUGCAUCUGGAAAAUAUCUUGGUUUAUUCAUGAAGAAUACCAUUUUUUUUCUUAAUUCUGCAAUUGAUCUGCGCUGAACUUGUUCAAGCUGUUAGUAAGCUGUUGCUAUACCCACCACUGUUAAAUGUUUAUCUCAGGGAGAGGAUACACCCUCUGUUGUUAGGAAAAAGGACACAAAGCAUACUUUUUAGGUGCACAAAGACUCAAAGCCAAUGCAUUGCAUUGUUUUAAUAAUAUAGGUAUGUUUUCUCUUAGGUAUCCAAGUUGCCAUAUGUACCUAUGUGUAGGUAUAUAUGCAAGUGUUUUGAAUGACCUCAUUGCUGUAAUUCGGGACAACCGUUCUGUAUUUUAAUUAACAAUGUUUAAA